AUGCUACCCCGGCGACUCAGCGUUUGUCGGGGCUUGAGCUUGCGGCGGCGCCUCUGCGGGAGCCAGCAGGGAGCGUGGCUGCCGUGCGCCGCGCUGCCGCCUUGCACGGCGGUUGCCAUGAGGGACUUUGCGGGCUCGGCUCUGCUGCAGCCCGAUAGGCGCGAGCGGAGACGCAUUGGCCGCUUUUUAUUUUCCCACAGGGGCGCUCAGUGGGCGCUGUCCCUUCUUCCGUCGUGCCGGGGGUACGUAACGGGGGGCUGGCGGAGUUUGCGUGGGACACGCGGUGGGGCCGCCGACGCCGCCCCACGUGUGCUCCGCUCUGCGCAGCCGGGCGGCGACGGGAAAAACAAUUCCGAGGAGGAGUCGGACGGCGGCGCCGUCGCUGCCGACGACGGCGGCAACGAGGACGCACUUGUGGAGCGCUCCGUCCUCUUUGUGCUGGUCAUGUUCCUGCUCUCGUACGUGCUCUACCGCCUCGCGCAGCCGUCAGGGAAGCGUACGGGGUGGGCCUCACUGAUGAAGCACGCCGACGCCGUGGAGAGCGUUCACCUCUACCAGAACUACGCGCAGGUGCAGACGGAGGAGGCAAAGGUGUUCCUUGGCCUCGUGGACGACCAGCACACGCAGGAAAAACUUGAGCGGCUGCGGGAGGCCUGCGUCACCGCCAAGGUGAAGAAGCAACAGACGCAGAAGGAGCCGAAGGAUGCGGCGAAGCCCACGGGGUUUACUCUCGCCAUUCAGGGAACACCGCUGGCGGAGCACGCCCUUGUGGGCCUAGGCGUCUUUGCGUGGGUGAUUCCGUUUGUGUUCUUCCCCGUCUUUGUCAUGAUUCUCUCCAACUCGAUUGGAAAGGCGGUGGCGACCACCAUGGAGGCGGGAAAGCGGUCGCAGAGGGUGAAGGACAUGGUGUUUCGUCUGGAGCACACCUCCAACACACGCUUCCACGACAUCGCGGGGAUGCAGGAGGCGAAGCGGGAGAUCACGGAGGUGGUGGAUUUUCUGCGGCAGCCCGAGCGUUACACCGCGUUGGGGGCGAAGAUACCGACCGGCGCCCUCCUGCUGGGCCCGCCAGGCACGGGGAAAACCCUCCUCGCCAAGGCGGUGGCGGGGGAGGGUGGGGUGGGGUUUAUCCCGGUCUGCGGCUCCGACUUCGUCGAGCUCUACGUUGGCAUGGGCGCCCUGCGUGUGCGGCAGCUCUUCGAGACGGCGAAGAAGCAGCGCUGCGUGGUGUACAUCGACGAGAUCGACGCCAUCGGCCUCAAGCGGAGUGGGGCGGGCCACGGCGAGAAGCAGGAGCAAGAGCACACGCUGAAUGAGCUCCUGACGCAGCUGGACGGCUUCGGCUCGGGCAAGCGGGGCGACGUCAUGAUUCUCGCCUCCAGCAACGUGCCGCAGGAGAUGCUCGACCCCGCGCUGAUCCGCCCCGGCAGGUUUGACCGCAUCAUUCACGUCGACACCCCCGUUAUCUCGGAGCGGAUUGACAUUUUUAAAGUGCACCUCAGCGGCCUGAAGCUCCUGCGGGGGGCGGGGGAAGCGGCGGGGGGCGACGCGGCGCGGGCGCCUGUUGACGCCGCCUCAACGGAAGCCGCAGCCGAGACGACGACGACGAAGGCCGCGAAGGCGGCGGGUGAAGCGGAGACAACGGGGCGUCAUGCAGCGCAGGAGCAGAGGGGCGCUGCGGCGGAGCACGCCGCGGAGACUGCGGGCGGCGACCGCAACGCAUCCGAGGCGACGGCGGCGGAUGCCGUCAGCAACCAGAAGGCUCCGUCCUCUUCCUCCUCCUCGUCGUCGCCGGCAGCGACGGCGGAAGCUUCAACGGUAAAGGAGUCGGCGCUUAUCGUCAGCACGCUUCAGCGCGAGCUGGACGAGGAGAAGCAGCGUCUGCAGGAGGAGGAGAGCCUGUUCGGCUACGCCUCCUUUGAUUUCCGUUCCCUCCUGGCGAAGAAGAGCGAGGCGGAGCGCGCCCUGAUCAACGCCUACGCGGAGCGCCUGUGUGGUCUUUGCCCCGGCUUCGUUGGCGCCGACAUCGCAAACGUCUGCAACGAGGGGGCGAUCCUCGCCGCCCGCGAGGGGUGCAAGUACGUCGACAUCACCCACCUUGAACGCUCCAUCGACCGCGUGCUCGCCGGCAUUGAGCACCGCAGCCGCGUGCUCACUGCGUUCGAGCGGAACGUCGUCGCCCAUCACGAGGCGGGGCACGCGGUGGCGGGGUGGUUCCUCCACCGGGCGGACCCCCUCAUGAAGGUCUCCAUCGUCCCGCGCGGCGGCUCCGCCCUCGGCUACGCGCAGUACCUGCCAAACGAAAACCGCAUGCGCACGGCGACGGAGAUUCGCGACGCCAUCAGCGUGACGCUGGGCGGCCGUGUGGCGGAGAAGAUUUUCUUCAACCACCUCUCCACGGGCGCCUCCGACGACCUCCGGAAGGUGACGCUGAUGGCCUACCAGUACGUGAGCUCCUUUGCGGAGCGGCCCGUGUACCCGGCGCCCGGGACCCCGGGCACGCGCCUCGUGAAGCCGUUUGGCCCAAAGGUCUCAAACGAGUUGGACGUCGAGGCGAAGAAGUUCGUGGAUGAGGUGUACGAGUCGACGUACCAGCUCCUGCGCUCCAAGAAGGCGGAGAUGGAGAUUCUUGCGAAGCACCUGCUCGAGAAGGAGGUGCUCACCUACGACGACGUGGUAGGCUACCUCGGCGUGCGGCGCCCCAGGCUCUCGGACCGCAAAAAGCUGUCCGAGGAGGGGCGCUGCAGAGCCGGGCCUGGAUACGGCGGCGUGCGUCAUCUCCCCAUGUCUCCGCAGCCGUGCGCCCCUUGA